AUGGAACGACUGAACCCAAUCUUUCCGAUUCUCUGUCUGCUGUCUUUGACCCAAGAUGCUGCAUCCUUUAAUCCCUCCUCUUUGACUAAUCAUCACAAUCGGCAAUCCCAGUUGCAUCCUCCAACCCGUACUUCCACGCCCCGAUAUGUGAGCACUGGCGCCAUGGUAGGACCUCGAAUGCCAAUUGAUGAAGAGUAUCCUGGAAUUCAACAAGUUCAUAAGAAUCCAGAUAUCUUUGUGAUAGAAGAUUUCUUGGAUCGUGCGAGUUGUGCUGACAUUGUUGAAAAAGCGAAGGAAAAAAACCUCGAACGCUCGCCUGUGGCGUAUGCCGGCUGGACAGAAGACUUUCGUGACUUGGUGGAGCUAGCAGCAAAGGGACCUGUUGUUUGGUUGGCCUUGAUCACAGCAUGGGUACAAGUCAAGGAUAGUGCCAACGCGAAUCAAGUUAGUUUGGUUCUCCAAGCUCUCCAGAACUACGCAGGGAUCUUCCUUCUGGCCGUGACAGGGAUUGCAGCCUUUACCUAUUCGAGAGCAGAAGGACUGAAAUCACUUCGGACGAGUACUUCCACUACACUGGACGACAUGAGCGAGAAAGAGAAUGGGGCAACUAAAUUCGUUCAAAACGCGGCAAAGCUUCUGGGAACUCCUUCGAACAAUCCGCAACAAGAAGCUGCCCUCUUUGAGGCACCGACCGUUAUUCGAUACGAACCUGAACAAGUUUUGGCACCUCACUUUGAUGCCAAUCGCUCGGCCGACACAGAAGAUGCAAAUCGCGGAGGCCAAACGCUUGCGACCCUUAUAGUAUACUUGAACGAUGUUCCACGAGGUGGUCUGACUCGCUUUGGCAAGCUCCCGCCAAUUGCCGAUUCCAACGAGGCAGGAGAGGACAAACUUACCGUUCGCCCGAAAAUGGGUGACGCGCUCUUAUUCUUCCCUGCCGAUGCCAUGGGACAAUUUGACGAAAGAACCGAACACGAAGGUUGUGCGGCGGUCGAUGAAAAGUGGAUUGCUCGAAUAUGGCGUCACAAGAACCGUGUUCCGCCACCAUUUGGACUCUCCGAAUCUUCUCUUGACUGUAUAUGA